AUGGAGUUCCCGGGCAGCAGGUGGCUGGACGGAGGUGAGCCGCUCCUGGGGGAGAUGAGGGUCUCGUGGAGGAACUCGUCGGGGUCUCGGCUCGGCGGAGCUGCCAGAGAGAAGGUGCUGCUGGAGGUGCUGAUGGUGCUGAUGUGUGUCGGGGCCGUUACAGGGAACAUCCUGGUCAUCGUGAUCGUCGUGGCGACAAAGACGUUCCACAGCGUGACGUCGGUGCUGAUUAUUAAUCUGGCCAUCAGCGACUUCCUGGUGGGCAUCGGGGUCAUGCCGUUUGUUGCCGUUUCCAUCAUGAAUAACGGAUGGGUGAACUGCAACGAUCUGUGCCUGUACGUUGGCUACACCUCCUCGGUCUACUGCACGGCGUCAGUCCUGACGCUGGCGGCGAUUGCUCUGGAUCGCUACUACUCCAUCGUGGACUGCCUGCGGUACGACUCCCGCUGUACGGUGUGGAGAACCGGAGCGGCCGUGCUGUGGAUCUGGUUGCAGGCCAUGCUCACCAGCUCCCCACCGCUGCUGGGCUGGAGCAACGUCAGCUUCGUGAGCCCCAUGUACAGCUGCGUUGUCAACUGGGCCAGCAGUCCCAGCUACACCGUCUUCAUGGCCGCCCUGUCGUUCCUCCUGCCGGCUACGGUCAUCCUCUUCUGCUACGUGAAGAUCGUACGGGUGGCGAGGCACCACGCUCGAAGGAUCCACAGUCUGGAGGAGCAUCUCCAGCGAAGUCGCGAACGCUCCCUUGCCACGUCUUCUGAAUCGACUAAUCGGUGUUCAACCGCGGACCUGGAGUCGAACGACCCUUCCAAGCUGGUUUACUACGUAACCGGAAGGUUCGUUUCCGAAUCGCAGUUUGACGCUAAUCAGUAUCCAGGUGAUCCAGCUUGUCGUCCACAGAUGGAAGGCGAAAGCAGCUCCAGACCUUCUACCCGUCGCCUGCAAGCUGUACUCGCUCAUCUCCAGAACGCAAGUGCCCAGCAAGCCAACAACCCCCAUAACGGUGUCGUAAGACUCUUCAUGGUCAUCGCGGCCUUCUUCCUCUGCUGGACGCCGUACAUCAGCGUCGCUCUGGUGCAGGCCACCGAGACCGCCCUCUCUCGCUCGGUCAGCCAGAUCCCACCGGCUGCCGUCACCUUCUCCUACUGGCUGGUGCUCUUCAACUCGGACAUCAACCCCCUGCUGUAUGCCUUGCUUAGCAAGCGAUUCCAGGGGGCGCUGCAGAACCUCAAGCAGAAGAUUCAAACAAGGCUAGGAAGUGUCGUUGCAAGAGUAGGAGAUCGACGAGGAGAUGGAGACGGUGGAGGAAGCACGAUGCCCACUAAUGUGAUGACUGCUACAUGCAGAGAACGACCUUCCAGAGAUGGUGGAAGCCAAAGAAGCCAUCGACGAGGAGUCGAGGAAUCGACGCAAUACUCCUCGGGUUUCGCAACAAGUUCGCCUUUUUCCAGAAGGUACAAGGAACGAGUGAACCAAAGUCUCCUACCUGGAAGUUUGUCGUCCACAUCCCACUCCUCCUCCUCCACCACGUCGUCCUCCUGUUCCCUUUGGAACACCUGCAGCGGAAGUUCUCCAGAACGGUCGGACUGCUUACAGGUUCCUUCUAAACCUCUGGAAAGGGAAAUACUUCCCAAGAAGUCGCCUGCGACCAAAGAGCGCCAGACCACGUUCUUUUAUGGUCAGAUCACAGUACGAGUGGAGCAUGAACUCUGUUGAUCUUUGUACUGCAGAGUCAUGGAAAUGAACUGCUGGAAUGAUCUUUUAAAUUAAGUUACAUUUUUAACGUUUUAAAGACUCUUGGUUGCAUUAUAUUAUGUUUGUACUUUGCUGAUGUUGUUUCAUUGACCUUGGACUCUAUGGAAUUUACAGAUAUUUACAGACUAUCCCUUGAACUUCUUACUUUUUACAUUUCGUCUCCUUACAACCACAAACUUUCAAGUGAAAGAUCAACACAAAGUAGCACAUAACUGUGUAGUGGAACGAAAAUGAGUAUUGGAAAAUUGAGGCUGAUCCAUUUCUUUUUGCUAUAUAAACUGAAAAACAUUUGGGUUCCACCUUAAAAGAUCAACAUUUUAGCCUUUAUUUCCAAGUAUUUCCAUCUGGAUCUGAGACACAGUUCAGAAGAUAGAACCUUCUUUCUGAACAGAAGCACAAAAAAAUGUUUUUGUUUCAUUAACUGCUGUGGUUUUCUUUGGUCUACAUCUGUUAUUUACCAGUACACCAGUGACGACUUUCUUCUUCAGGAUAUUCCAAACAGUUGUUCUAGCUGUGAAUAACAUUUGUGCUCUUAUGGUUUUUACUGAUUUUCCAUCUUCUCUCAGCUUCACAGCUCAUAAGAAAUAUAGAUAUAAAUACCCGGAAACAAAGACUGAAAUAUAUAUAUAUAUACUGUAUACAGCUCUGG